GCCACGGGGCGGGGCUCACCUCUUGCCCUUGCGGGGGUCCCCCUGACUCCACCAAUCAGCGAGCGCCCUGUUGGCCGUCCGCAGCCUCCCGAGCCCCUCCCUCUCCCGCCGGCCUCCGCGUCCCAGAAUCCAAGAUGGCGGGAUCCAGGCGAAGGGGUGCCCCGGCCAGACCUCGGCUGCUUUUCUGCGCCCUGCUGCUGUCGCUUAGUAGCCUUAGCUGGGGCGACGGCGUGGGAGGAGACCCCGCGGUCGCCGGCGCCCCGGGUACCCCGGUCGCGCUGCCACAUCGCCGUUUCGAGUACAAAUACAGCUUCAAGGGGCCGCACCUGGUGCAGAGUGACGGGACGGUGCCCUUCUGGGCCCACGCGGGGAAUGCUAUUCCAAGUUCGGAUCAAAUUAGAGUAGCACCAUCUUUAAAAAGCCAAAGAGGAUCAGUAUGGACAAAGGCCAAAGCAGCCUUUGAGAACUGGGAAGUAGAGGUGACAUUUCGAGUGACUGGAAGGGGUCGAAUUGGAGCUGAUGGCCUGGCAAUUUGGUAUACAGAAAAUCAAGGCUUGGAGGGCCCUGUGUUUGGAUCAACUGAUAUGUGGAACGGUGUUGGAAUAUUUUUUGAUUCUUUUGACAAUGAUGGAAAGAAAAAUAAUCCUGCUAUAGUAGUUAUAGGCAACAAUGGACAAAUCCAUUAUGACCAUCAAAAUGAUGGUGCGAAUCAGGCUUUAGCAAGUUGCCAGAGGGACUUUCGUAAUAAACCCUAUCCUGUCCGGGCAAAGAUUAUCUAUUACCAGAAAACAUUGACAGUAAUGAUCAAUAAUGGCUUUACACCCGACAAAAAUGAUUAUGAAUUUUGCACCAAAGUGGAAAACCUGAUUAUCCCUGCACAAGGGCAUUUUGGAAUAUCUGCUGCCACUGGAGGUCUUGCAGAUGACCAUGAUGUCCUUUCUUUUCUAACUUUCCAGUUGACUGAACCUGGGAAAGAGCCACCUACACCAGAUAAAGAAAUUACGGAAAAAGAAAAAGAAAAAUAUCAGGAGGAAUUUGAGCACUUUCAACAAGAAUUGGAUAAAAAAAAAGAGGAAUUCCAGAAGGGCCACCCCGACCUCCAGGGGCAACCUGCGGAUGAAAUAUUUGAGAGUGUAGGAGAUCGUGAACUAAGACAAGUCUUUGAAGGACAGAAUCGUAUUCAUCUUGAAAUCAAGCAACUGAACCGGCAGUUAGAUAUGAUUCUUGAUGAACAGAGAAGAUAUGUCUCUUCCUUGACAGAGGAGAUCUCUAAGAGAGGAGCAGGAACCCCAGGGCAGCCCGGGCAGAUCACUCAGCAAGAACUGGACACUAUUGUGAAAACUCAGCAUGAGAUUCUGAGACAAGUAAAUGAAAUGAAGAAUUCCAUGAGUGAAACUCUCAGGCUGGUCAGUGGGAUACAGCAUCCUGGCGCUGCCGGGGUCUAUGAGACAACACAGCACUUCAUGGACAUCAAAGAGCACCUGCACGUGGUGAAGAGGGACAUCGAUAACUUCAUGCAGCGAAAUAUGCCAUCAAAUGAAAAACCAAAAUGCCCAGAACUACCGCCAUUUCCAUCGUGUUUAUCUACAAUCCACUUCAUUAUGUUUGUGGUGAUACAAACGGUGUUAUUCAUUGGUUAUAUCAUGUACAGGACUCAGCAAGAAGCAGCAGCCAAAAAAUUCUUUUGACCACCAUGUUCACAUGUGUGCAUCAUGUGUGUAUGUACAACAUGUCUUUUUGAGGGGAUUUAAGUAUUUAAAUUGCUUCAAAGUUAAAUUAUUAAAUUUUGUAUAAAAUAAUAUUGAAACAUUUGAUUUGCAGUAAGAAUAAACCUUAAAGCAAAAUGACUACAUUUAAAUUUGUUCCUAGUACAUAAAUCUGUUUAAAUUUCUGUGACUUUCUGGCCAGUAGUAUGCAGCCACUGAACAGAAUACUGACCAGGGAGAGGCUAGAUUCUAGAAAGUGGGGCAAACUCUGGAUAUGAGUGUUACCCCUAAGCCUCCAAUAUUGGAGUUUUUUCUAACAUGAACACACUCGCCCUCCUGCCUCUCAAAAUAGGAGGUCUAAUUAAGAGCUCCCAUCAUGUUAAUUUUGUAACCAAAAUCUUUUUUAGAGGUCAGAAUUUCCUAAUCUAAGACCCAGGUUUGCCAUCCUUUAAUCUUAAUACAGUUUUCUUUGAAAUCAAAGGAUAUUUUGUCUGAGAGCUUUAGAAACUGAAUAAUAGGCUUCAAAAAUGGUAAUUGAAAAGGUUUUUCCUGAUUAUCAAUAGUAUAUUUUCCUUUUAAAGGAAAUUUUGGGAGAAAAUUAAGGACUACUUUUUGCCUAAAAAAACCACUUGGGUGAAAAGCGUUCCUGCGAUAAUGGUGUUUAUGGGUAUUUUGCCCAGUAAUGUAUUCUUUUCAUGAUUGCCCGUAUUCUUGAAUGUCUUCAUUCCGAUGGUGUCAGGUCAAUAUUAUGAAAAUAAUUUUUGCUUUUACAUUUAUAGCUUAAGGAAUUUAUUUGUCCCAUUUCGUACAGCAUGUAACUUCAGCUCAGAUUGCAUGAUCUGAGGAUAUUUUAAAUUGACAAAACUUACCGCUCACUGCAUUCUGGUUUACAUUACUCCAUGCAACAUGGGUUUGUGACUAUUUACAAACUCUUUAAUUCAAGGUGACUGUAGUAGAAGUGGUUUUAGGGUUUUUGAAACCAAAAUUUGUGAUUUCUUCCAUUUAAUGCCAGAACUGAGAAUAUUGCAAAGAACUUGUUAAUAAGCUUAACUUUGAAAUGUCAGACUGGAAGGGGGUUUUAUAUAUAGUCUUUGCGUAUAGUUCUAGGUAUUAUACAGAUGGUCUAUAAAUGACAUUUUAAAAUACAGAUUUAAUUUUGUUUUCACAGCUGAUGUGGAUUGACUUUUGCUGGCUUCAGAAUACUCCUUUACCUCUUUUAGUUGAAGUGGUUGUCUUUCAUUUGCCAUAGAAUCUAAAACAAUAGUGUUUUAUAAAACAGUACUAUUAAAUUCUUCCAGACCCCCCUAAGUUUCCUCUCAAAUGUCAUUUACAGAUUGGGCUAAUGACCUAAAACCUGCACAGAGACUUUAUGAAGAGCUCUGCUUUAUACCAGACGAGUACUGCGUGUGCAGUCUUGCCUCCCUUUCCAUGUUGGCGUUUAUCCUAGAAUGCUGAAAGAGAGUGUGGUGAUCUGACUUACCCUGUCUGCUUCAGUCCCUUCAGCAGGGAAAAUGCAUCUAUACUGUUUUUACUUUAGAGUAUUAAUACUUUGAAAUUCAUGUUUCAGAGUCAUCAUCAUCACAGAAUUUACUAUUAUUCCAUGAAAAAAAAUUAAUACCUUCAGAAGAAUGUUUAAGUUGUAGACUAUGAAACUUGGGAAAUCCUCUUGAGAUAAAAGGCUGCCGAGUCCAGUGUUAACAAAGUCCGUGGUCUUCUGUGCCUGAACAUUAAAGGAACACCAGCUCUAUGCAGUAUAUGCUUUUCAGGCUAAGAUUCAAGGAGAAUCAUUUUGACCAUUCCUAACACGAGUGGAGAUGGCUAUUGUGAAAGAGCAUGAGCACAAGUCUUUAUUAUUUUAGUAAUUUAAUUUGCUUGAAAAUCACUCUGUAAAACAGUUCAUGCAGAAUGUUUGUCAUAUUAUUUGAAGUUUGGUUUGUUAACCUCGAAAUCAGUAGCUCAUUUCUAAACAAAAAUGUUGCUCUGUGGAAAAAUCAAUCACUGCCAGGAGUCCUUCAUUUCUGUACUACUUUGUAUAAUUGGAUCUGUUCACUUCUUCACACCAGCAAGUAUUUUACAGGUGCCUUGGAUUCAAACAAAAUUGAUUUUAAAAUUUUGAUGCAAGUCAUUGUGUUUAUGAUGUCACUUUUAAAAAGAAAACACAGUUACCCUUAUUUAAUGUAUCUAUUUGUGUUCUAAUUGUUUGUAUGUUUUAUUCAGCUUGAAACUCUACCAUCAAGUCACAAACAAUAAACAAUGUUUUGUUGUA